AGCCCAAUCAUGUGACUGGAUUUUUAAAAGUUCACGGACAGCUGUGAAAACAAUUUUUUUUUCUACGUCUUUGAAUGAUUCUUGCGACUGAAGGCCGGCCGUAUAGCGGCGGGGGUCGGGUUGGAGCAGCCACGACAUGGAGCGGUCCUCCGGAGGGAAGAAGGAAGACGCCGAGAAGAGGGCGCCGCUGCUGGGAGACCAAGAUGGCGGCCGUGCAGUCGAGCUGCUGCCCCCUGACGGCGGCUGGGGGUGGAUGGUGGUGCUGGGCUCCGCGCUCAGCAACAUCAUAAUGAUCCCCGUGAUGCAGACGUUCUCGCUGGUGUACAAGGACCAGUUCACCAGCAUUGGGAUGUCGGCGACAGACAUAUCUGUUAUCAUCAACGUGAAUUCUGCUUUCGGAAUGUCUUUUGGUUUGUUUCAUGGACUGAUUAUCAAGAGAUUCGGCUACAGAAAAGUCGCCAUAGUUGCAUCAAGUAUAGCGUUUAUUGGAGUGCUAUCUACCAGUUUCGGAAACUCGUUUGCCCAUUUCUUCGUUACGUAUGGCCUUAUUUCUUCAUUUGGUGCGAGCCUGUUGGCACCGGCCUUCUCGCUGGCCUUGAACUCGUACUUCAAGGAGAGGCGAGGCAAGGCGAUGGGUCUGGCCAUGACGCUGACGGGAAUAGGACCCACGGUGAUGCCCCUGCUCCUCAGCCAGCUGAUGGCCUACUAUGGCGUGGCCGGCACGGGGCUCAUCAUGAGCGCACUUUGUUUGCACACGCUCGUUGGGGCUUUACUCCUGCAGCCCGUCAAGUGGCACAUGAGGCCGCGACCCGUCGAUCCUGCUCAAGAACAAUCAGAGAAUAAUAAGGCCGUGACCAGGAGUGUUAGCACGGAGGAUGGUGCCAUUCCUUUGCAACUUUCAAUCGAUCAUGAUGUCGAUGCUCAAAACAUCUAUGGCAUGGACACGCCUAUACUGCAAAGGAGAGAUUAUUUACGCUUGCCCAGUGGUGGCAGUGUUCAAGAAACGGAGGAGACGUCAGUGAACCGCAGGGUGUCGAUAGGCGUGGCGGACCCGAGCAGGCAGAAGCGCGGCUACAACUGGUGGUCCGUGGACUCGGUACAUCUCGGCAGCUCGGUCACCAUAUUCGACGAGAAGUCGCCGCCCGACAGGGAGUCGUCCCGGACCCGGGAGAGGAAGAUGACGAUCGCCGGGACGAUACCGGAGGAGGAUCUCCUGGAGGUCGGCAACAAGCUGGUGGUCGCCGGGCAGAACGACCGCGCGCAGAGCUCCUGCAAUCUUAACACAUUUGCUGGUCAUAUACAAGAUACCAAGAAUUCAAAUAAACUUUCUAACGAUUACCGUGAAAAUGGUAAAAAAAAUAACGGCACCCAAGAUUCUGUUGCUACUAAGAUGACGAAUACUUCAGAAAAACAAACUAAGAAGAUUUGGUGGAAGAGAAUCGCAAACGAAAUGGACCUGAGUUUGCUGAAGGACUUGAGCUACAUCAAUCUACUUUUUGGGAUGUCCAUCGCCAUAACGGCGGAGAUAAACUUCUCUCUUCUCACGCCGUUGAUCCUCGCCGACCUGAGCUUCACGGACAACCAGAUUGCGCUCACCAUGUCCACCAUCGCGGCUGUGGACAUCGUGUUCCGGUUCCUCUCUCCUUUCUUCGCGGACUACAUGCACUACAGUGCGAAGACCAUGUACCUGAUCAGCAUGUGCCUGCUUAUUGCGUCCAGGACGACCGUGCUGUUCUUCACCACGUUCUUCUCGCUGAUGCUGGUGAGCGUGGCUCUGGGCGUGGCUAAGGGCGUGCGGACGGUGUACAUGUCCUUGGUGAUCCCCAGUUACGUGCCGCUGGAGAAGCUCGCGUCGGCGUCCGGCAUGCAGAUGGUCGUGAACGCCGUGUUCUCCAUCACCUGCGGCCCGUUCAUCGGUUAUGUUCGUGAUGCGAGUGGAAGCUACAACGCAUGCAUUAUUGUUAUCAACAUACUGACAUUUAUAACGAUGGUGAUGUGGGGUUCAGAGAUUCUGUACAAAAAAUUUAAGACCAAGAGGCAGUCUUCCGCAGCUUAAACUUUGUUGCACACGAUCAUUCGUUUUUUUUCUCUUCUACAUUUUGAUGGACUUAAAAAAGUGCGCGAGCACACAAAAAAACCACGCGUUGUGUACCAACUGCUGACAAAGACAAAACCUGUUAUUUGUGAUGAGAUGUUAGGCUGUUUUAUCAAAGUUUUAAAGAAAAAUGCCCUAGAUGUAAAAUCUAAGUGAAGUUUAGUGAGAUCGGAUGGUAGUAGAAGAAGGGGCCAUUUAUAACUGUGGAGGUGUGGACGAGUUUCGAAAAAGCAAAUGCAUUUUUCUGUUAGGGGGGGAUUUGAGAUGUCGUGGCCUAAACAUAUGUGGUGUUCACUUCGCAUUCUGAGGGGGCUGCGGCUGAAUAGAAGGUUUAGCUCAACUGCACUGACGGAAAGCUAUGCCGGGGAUUUUGUUGCGUGGCUAAGGGGUUUAAGGCGUCGGGACCUAUGGCUGUAGUGGUCUCCACCGAAUCACUUUGUCACCGAUUCGGUGCUCGACUUACAGCCCUUGCCAUUUUGACAUGAAGCAACAACGACCAAGGUCAUCGGGAUCCAGGAUGGAAACGUGACGAAGUUCGGGGAAGAGAAUGCCGGUUCUUUCGUUUUGAAGUGCCUUAACAUACACUGUAAACUCAUUUGUUACGAAAAAAAAAAUGUCCUGGAUCUAAUUUCAACGAAGAGCAGUGAUUGUGAAUCAGUAUUACAUUAUGUAAAUUUUGUCUCUAGAUCUACAAUGAAGAGUUCCGGUUAUUUAUAUAUUUUUGAAUACCUUUUAAUAUGAUAAACUGUUUUUAUGUAUUCAAAAAUCUAUCACCACAAAAUUGUUUGUUUUUAAUAUGUUUUGUGUAUUUUUGUUAAAUUACUCAUUUAGUUUAUAAUAUGUAAAUACGUUGUUAUUAAAUAUUAUUUUCUGCUCUUUAUUGGUUAUUUGUACUUAUGUGCACAGUUACUUUUUAUUUUUAUUAGUUCGGAUAUAUUCAGCAUUAAAAAUUUUUAAA